UUAGCUCCCGAGCGAGACGCACGUCUCCCGGUCCUCUGCAGACGAACUCACGCGAUCGUCUUCCGAUUAAAAUACGAAACAAGAUUAAGUGUUGUGUCCACUGGAUCUGGAGUGCUUGCGGACGUUAGUGACUUUUGAAUUACGUUUGUUUGGACUAUUCCCAAUUGUUUCCCCAUUCGAGGAUUUAAGGAUUUUCCCCGAAAAUUACACGCCCCAUCAAGCUCAUGACUCCAAGAAAACAGUUAUAACAUCAAGUUAUCUGCCUAGACUUAGGUAACCGGUGGCGUAUACAUGAGAUGUUAUGGGCUCACGCAGCGUAGCGAAGUGGCGCUGGUGGGUGGUGGUGGUGGCCUGCGCGUGGGGCGUCGCGGCGCGCACGCUCUGCCCCGCGCGAUGCGCCUGCGACGACACUCUGCGCGCCGCCUCCUGCGCCAACGCCAGCCUCGAGAUCGUCCCCAUACAACUCAACCCAGAGGCCACCCACAUCAACCUCACGCACAACGCCAUCGACAACCUCCUCUACACAUUCGGCUUCUACACCCAGCUCACCAUCCUAGACAUCUCCUACAACAAAAUUCAAGACUUAGGUAGUAAAAACUUUGAGAACAACCAGGAGAUGACGCAUCUCAAUGUCAGCCACAAUUUCCUCAAGCGCCUAGAUAAGGAUACGUUUAUUGGACUGAAGGGACUCGUCGACUUAGACUUGUCCGAUAACGAAAUAUCAAAUAUUCACGCACAGACCUUCAAAGCUUUAUCUGUACUGGAAAAGCUCGAUUUAUCUAACAAUAAGCUGGUUAGCUUCGAAGCGAACACAUUCGAACCCCUGACGGCAUUGAAGAUCUUAUCGCUGAAGAAUAAUUCCAUAUUGGAUAUACCGUCGGCUAAUCUUUUAUUCGUCGUUCAUUUAGAAUAUUUAGAUUUAUCAGAAAAUUUAAUACAGCAAGUUUCCAAACAUGGGAUACCAUAUUUGAAGGAAUUGAAGAAUUUAGAUUUGAAUAGCAAUAUUAUUGAUAACGUGGACCAACUAGGAUUCCACAGAUUGCCUUCUCUGAGGCACUUAGAUCUGAGUGAUAAUAACAUGACGACGAUUCCCACAUCUGCACUGUCGAAACUAUCAAACUUGUCGCAUUUAUAUCUCAGUGGCAACUUUUUUCAAAACGUAACAGCUCUCUCGUUUCAAAGUCUGUUCCAUUUGAAGCAUUUACAUCUGAGCAGACUUUACGAACUAGAUAAAAUCGAUUCGAAAGCUUUUGUCGACAACAUAAAUCUACAGAAGAUAUGGAUGAACGAAAAUGUUAAAGUAAGUGAAGUUCCCCCGAGACUGUUUCAUGGCAAUCCUAAGCUGACUCACAUUUACAUGAGGAACAAUGCUUUAGAAACGCUAGAAGCGUCUCACUUCCCGAUUGAUAGACUGCAAGAAUUAGAGAUCUCUGGUAAUCCGUACGUCUGCAAUUGUUCGAUAUUGUGGCUUUGGAAGCUUGCGAGAGAAAGUGAAAUAAGCCAUAGAAAAUCUGGAAACGCAAGUACGAUUCUAAAAAUAGACUAUGAGGACGUGAGGUGUUCAGCUCCAGAACACUUGAAGGAGAUGAUAUUUAUCCAGGUUCCCGAAUCGGAAUUUGGGUGCUCAAAUGGGUGGGUGAUAGUGGCGGUUGUGGUGCUAACUGUGAGUAUCGUUAUAAGUGUGGUUGGUGGAGUUUUAUAUUUUAUGGGACCUUUGAAGAAGUGCAAAGGAGAUAAGUCGAAGCAAGUGAUGACGAGUGUCAUGUUGAACGGUGACGUGUCAAAGUUGAGUAACGGUUUAGGUUAUUCAACGAGGAGUAGGGAGCAAGAGAACAAGAGAGACGUGGACCGGUACCUGAUGAUCGGUUCGUCUGUGACAAAUAACUUCCAUUCGUUAAACCCCCCGUGGCAUAGUGUAGAUAAGAACCCGUACUACCAAGAGGACAGUGAAGAACACAUCUACCAACAAUUUGCGUACGAAACUAUCCCACAUCAUAGAACGCCGGAGAAACCACACAUAGUGUACGUCUAACAAAAGUUUUGCGCAAAGGACAAUGUCGCAGAUAUAUUCUUUGGCGCGUUACAUGUAUAAACUGAAAAGUGUAUUGUCAACACGACAAGGAACAUUGAAUAUGCAAUAAUGUAAAUAGUGAUACGAUUGAAAUUGUAAUAUGUGAUAGCUUUGUAAAUAAACGUGUAAAUAUGAUGAAAUUGCGAAUAAAGACAUGAAUAAAGACGCUGUUCUCGAUUUUGUACUUAAAUCAAUUGGUCAGGUUAACGGCCGUAUACUGAAACGAUAUGUAGGUAGGUACUUAAACGACUUUACGACAUCACCUGUUAUUAAUAUAACGUCUUUUAGACUGUAGUGGAAAUGUGUGUCUGCAAAGUACAGAUGCAAAUAUUUUUUUCUUUGGUCAAUGGUCAUGUUGAUCUUUUUGAAGAAAAUUUUAAAAAUAUAUUGGAUUUAAGCAACGUUUCAGUAUUUGGCCGUGUAUUUAUUGAGGUGGACGUAACAGGACAAAAUAGUGUUAAUCAUUGUAUGACGUUGUCAUCUGUAUGGAUGCUCAAAAUAUGUAUGUUCGAUGGCAGCACAUCAACCUAUACACUGUGGCAUCUUAAGUGGUUGUAUUAGGUGCUAUUUUGCAACAAAAAUGUAUAGUCUGAUGUGCUGUCGACUGCAAGUUAUAAUCCCAUCAAAAACAAUACUUGUCAAAAAACCAAGUCUCGCAACUCAGUUGUUCUACGGUAAAAAGUUGUGAGAUCCAUGUAAUACCAAGUCCAGGCCAGGAAAUCUUUAACGUUUUACAUAAAUUAUUGACUUGGCCAUCGCACUAAAUAAUUUAAUUUACACGUGUUUUCAUGCGAUGGCCAAGUUAAUAGAUUGAUUUUGUCCUAAAUAGUCCAGGAGCUAGACUCCAUUUUUUUCAUAGCAUAGGUGAUCACAGGAUCAAUGUACUGUUUUGUUUAUUAGUUCCUUUCAAAUAUGGGUACUCAAUAUUGUAAGUUGCUUGUGAAAAAUCUUUAAGAGAUAACGUGUACUAAAUUAAUAAUAAUCAUUGUGUAUUUGUAUAGUACAUUUGUAUAUUUUCUGAAUUAAAACACCAAUACUUGAUGAAAACUUUGUACAAAUAUGAGCAAUAUAGAUUACUAACUUCAAAUACUAUAAUGUCGUUAAUUUUAUUCGAAACAUUGUUAUAGCUUACCUAUUAGUUGUACUAUAUUAGAGAAAUAAACCUUUUUGACUUAUGUAUCAUGUGCUUAAGACAUUUACCUACAUACAUAGCAUGAAAUAUUAUAUAGAAACAAUAAUUAUAAACCAGUUGCUCUGAUGGGAAGGGGUACAAAAUAUAAAUACAGUUUUAUUGGCUAUUUUUGUAAGUUCAUUUCUGAAAACUUAUUUAAAGGCAUUUGUUUCGAUAGAUAUCUGAAAUUGAUAUUUUUAUACGUAGAUGGUAUGCAUUGAGGUUUGAUUUUGAAGAGUCCGGCUUGAAAUUGAAUAUAACAAGCAAUAAUUAUAUCCUACCUAUUAUAAUUAUGGUAAAUAAAUUAAAUCCUUCCCUUUGAUCCUAAAGUACCCACCUAAUUUGCCUCUCGUCACUAAAUUUAGAAAUUUUGAUUACUUUGGUAAUUUGGUUAGUCAAAUGACCCAGUUUGUCCUAUAACCUAAAAUAUAAAUCUAUAAACAACUGAAAGGUAUGACACCAAUUUAGUAUAAAGCGUACAAAUUAUUUAAUAUCUAGUCGAAGCCGGCCUCUCAGAAUCAUCGCGAUAUUUAGACAAGUAUAAAAGUUAUGAUGGUAAUUUUAUAUGUAUAAAUUUAUUUAAAUAUUGAAAUACAUAUAACCAAUGAACACCAUACCUAUUCUGUCGAUACCUACAGUCAUACUAAUAGAGUAAGGCUAUUUAUACAUACUUACUAAAACUUUUGUUAUUAAACUUAUUUAAAUAUAUAAUGCAUUAAAACAAACGACAAUUAAACCAUUAAAAAAAUUA